AAGAUCUUUAUGCACUUCAUUUGGAUCUUCCAACUAUUCCAGAAAUAACUUUAUCAUGUUUCCUUCUCUUACCACAUCAAGUUUCAGCCUGCAAUUCGGAUCACCAGCACAGUCGUCUCUAAAGCCUCGAAUAGUUUUGUUUGUGUGCCAAAAACUCUCUAACCAACGAAAGGAUGUCGUCGCGCAAGACUGCCGGACGUCGCAGUACGACGAAGAAGCGGGCCCAACGCGCCACCUCUAACGUGUUCGCCAUGUUCGAUAAGGCACAGAUCGCCGAAUUCAAAGAAGCGUUUAACAUGAUUGAUCAAAACCGGGACGGGUUCAUUGAGAAGGACGACCUGCACGAUAUGCUCGCUUCGCUGGGCAAAAACCCGACGGAAGACUUCCUGGAUGGCAUGAUGAAUGAAGCACCAGGACCGAUCAACUUUACCAUGUUUCUUACACUGUUCGGCGAGCGUCUUCAAGGUACGGAUCCGGAGGAGGUAAUCAAGAACGCAUUCGGUUGUUUCGACGAGGAGAACAGUGGCGUUAUGCAUGAGGACAGAUUGCGCGAGUUGUUGACCACCAUGGGUGACCGUUUCUCGGACGAGGACGUGGACGAGAUGUUCCGCGAAGCACCGAUAAAGAACGGCUUGUUUGACUAUAUCGAAUUUACCAGAAUCCUGAAGCACGGUGCAAAGGACAUGGACGAACAGUAACAUCUUUACUUCCUUUUGAUGCACGUCCUAAGCUUAUUAAGUUAUCAAGAAAUUGAGGGCGACCGAAUGAACCCCUGAAUCGAAAUUAAGUUCAAACAUAAA